ACACACUGGUUUUCUUGCCAUGAAGUAGUGCAUGAAGUAGAAUAAAAAAUAUGACGUACUAAAACCUGGUGACAUAAUAUUCACUUCAUCAUCAAGAAAAGGGGAAUAAUUCUGAAUAAUUAACUAAUUAAUCCUCUUUUGCUCCACAAGUCUCUUACUGGCCACAGAAAGACGCAUUUUAAAAGAAUUUUUGAAGAAAGGUACUUUCAUGAACCAUAGAAUCAGGCUGACUUUUGAAAUCAAAUUUAAGAUAUGAUGCAGUGUUAUCUAGUGAAUACACGGUAACAGUACGAUUGAGCCGUAAAAAGGGGAAUUCAACUGAGUGAUUAUGGAAAAAGUAUGCAUUUUAUCAAUGUUAUUCAUGACGUCAUUGCACAUCAACGUGACGCUCAAAUACAUACGCCUUGUGUGCUUGUAAUGCGACGCUUGCGGCGCAUGCACGUUGCCGCUUUUGCUCUCCGCUGGGAUGUGAUUUUUGAUCGGCUGUUUCCUGAAUUUGAUUAAUUGUUGGUAGGUGAAGAGAUCAUGGGUGACAGGAAACACAUACUGGUGGCCCCAGAGUUCCAUCCAGUGUCAUUGAAGGUGUUGGUAGCUGCUGAGUUGAGUAAACAGCCCCUGACUGUCCAAACACCUAGUGGACCGGAUGACCCUGUGUGGCGCUGCUCCCUUGCUGGUCUACCUGUGCUGCUCACCUCCGAUGGUGGUGUGCUGUUCUCCCCGUCUGCCGCGGCUCGCCACCUGCUCUCUGCUGCCGGGGACGCCGACCUCGAGCUGUGGCUCAGCUGGGAUGGCCGCGUGCUGCAGCCGCUGGCGCUGCGCCGGCUGCAGGCAGCGCUGGCCGGCCGCACUGACCCGGCGGCGGCCGCCGCGCUCGCCGCCGCCCUGCAGAAGCUGACAGACGCUGGAGCUCUGCCGGAGGCCGCCGGGGCCGUCAUCUGGAGUACUCUGCAGCCGCUGCUGGAGCUGGAUGGUGGUAAGCACGUGACGCUGCCACCGGCCCUCGCCGCCCGACUUGAGGCAGUAGGCAAGACCGCGAGCUGCAGCGCUGCGCUCCGUCGGCUCUAUGGCAAAGAGUCUGUGGAGGCUAGCCGUUCUGCCGUCUUGGCCACUAAUUUGCCGGUCAUCGGACUAGACACAGCUCAGCCCGCGACAGCAAACGGCCCAGCCGAUCCAAGCAAUGGAGAUACCAAAGGGGCAUCUAAGCAGGGGAAGAAGGCAUCGGGCAAAGGUGGCAAGGGAAGUCCCGCGAAGACGAAACCGGUUUCGGUACAAAACUCCCCGGCUGACCCAGCGACGGAGCGAGAACCGGAGGAGGAUAUAUCGACGGAAGAGGUCGACGUCGCGGUGAAGGCUUUCCUUGCCGGGCCAGGUUCGGCGCCGACUCCGCGAGAGCGGAAGGCUCCUGUGCUGCCGCAGAAGAACUCUCGAAAUGUCCUCAUUACCUCGGCCCUUCCGUACGUCAACAACGUGCCCCACCUCGGCAACAUCAUCGGCUGCGUGCUGUCCGCAGAUGUUUUCGCCCGAUUCUGUCGGUUGCGAGGCUACACCACUCUAUAUGUGUGUGGUACGGACGAGUAUGGCACGGCGACUGAGACCAAGGCAAUCCAAGAAGGCCUUACCCCACAGCAGAUCUGCGACAAGUACAAUGAGCUGCACCGGGGCAUCUACGAGUGGUUUAAUAUCAGCUUCGACCACUUUGGUCGCACUACCACGAAAGAGCAAACGCAAAUCACUCAGGAUAUCUUCAAGGCCGUUCACGAGAACGGGUUUACCACAGAAGAUGUGAUGGAACAGCUGUUCUGUAGCAAGUGCGACCGUUUCCUCGCCGACCGGUUCGUGGAGGGUGUCUGCCCGCUCUGUGGGUACGACGACGCGCGUGGCGACCAGUGCGACAAGUGUGGCAAGCUGAUCAACGCCGUGGAGCUCAAAUCGCCGCGUUGUAAGCUGUGCUCGGCGCCACCCGAAGUGCGCAGCAGUCGUCACAUUUUCCUCGACCUACCCAAGGUGGAGGCCCCGCUGCGCGCGUGGUUCAAGACAGCAUCACCGCAGUGGACGUCCAACGCGCGAGUCAUUGGCAACUCGUGGCUGCGGGACGGACUGAAGCCCCGUUGCAUCACCCGCGACCUGCGCUGGGGUACGCCCGUACCCCUGCCCGGCUAUGAGGACAAGGUGUUCUACGUGUGGUUCGACGCUCCGAUUGGCUACAUCAGCAUGACCGCACAGUACACAGCCGAGUGGCGUCGCUGGUGGGAAGCUCCCGGUGACGUCACCUACUACCAGUUCAUGGCCAAGGACAACGUGCCGUUCCAUGCGGUGGUGUUCCCGGCGUGCCUGCUCGCCACUGGACGUCCCUACACCAUGGUCUCUCACCUGAUGGCAACAGAAUAUCUGAACUACGAAGAAGGCAAGUUCAGCAAGUCCCGUGGCGUCGGCGUGUUCGGAAACGACGCCCGCGACACUGGGAUUCCCAGUGACAUCUGGCGCUUCUACCUGCUGUACGUUCGGCCGGAGAACCAAGAUGCCGCCUUCUCGUGGACCGACCUCAUGACCAAGAACAACUCUGAGCUGCUCAACAACCUGGGCAACUUCGUCAACCGCUCGCUGUCGUUCUGCCAGCGUUGCUUUGGUGGUCAGGUGCCAGAAAUGGACAUACAGGUGGAGGAGCGCCAGUUGAUUGGCAAGGUCGCACGUGAACUGCGCCGCUACCUGGCACUUCUGGAGGCUGCCACGCUGCGUGAUGCCAUCCGACACAUCCUCAACAUCUCUCGGCUUGGCAACCAGUACAUGCAGGCGAGCCAGCCAUGGGUGCUGGUGAAAGGGUCUGAAGCGGAGAGGCUCCGCGCCGGCACAGUGAUCGCGCUCUCGGCCAACAUCACGUGCCUCUUGUCCGUGAUGCUUCAGCCGUACAUGCCGCAAACUUCGGCCACCAUCCAGACCCAGCUGAACGCCCCAGUCAGCGUCAAUGCUCUAGCCGAUACCUUUGUAUGCAUGCUGCCAGCUGGUCAUCGGAUAGGCGAGCCAGCACCACUCUUCGAGAAGCUGGUGCCGGCUCGCAUCGAAGAACUGCGUCAAAAGUACCAGGGCCAGCAGCAGCAGCAGAAGCCGGCGCCGGCGGGCAGUGGAGCGGCGGACGUGUCCCGGCUCGAACAAGAAGUGACAAAGCAGGGUGACAUCGUACGGAAACUAAAGGCGGCCAAGGCGUCAAAAGAUGAGGUGCAGGCGCAGGUGAAAGUGCUUCUCGACCUAAAGAAGCAGCUGGCUGACGCCACAGCGGCGGCCGCGGAAAGUUCGGGCACAGCCGGCAAGGCAGACGUAAGCCAACUCGAGCAGUCAGUGGCAAAACAAGGGGACAUCGUGCGCCAGCUGAAGGCAGCCAAAGCUCCCAAGGAUGAGGUGCAGGCUCAGGUGAAAGUGCUUCUCGACUUGAAGAAGCAGUUGGCCGACGCCACAGCGGCGGCCGGAGACAGUUCGGGAACAGACAGCAAGGCAGAUGUGACUCGGCUGGAACAAGAAGUAGCAAAACAAGGUGACGUGGUACGCAACCUGAAGGCGGCUAAAGCUCCCAAGGACGAGGUGCAGGCUCAGGUGACGAUAUUGCUCGACUUGAAGAAGCAGCUUGCCGACCGCCUCGGUGGCAGCAGGAAUCGCUACCCCUUCGCCCGCUUCGGACAAACCCACUUCGAAAUCUAGUAAAAAGGGGAAGAAAUAAGGAACUUCACUAGGGUGUAGCUUGUAUUGUUUUAUCGGGUUUAGGUCGAAUUAUUUUGGAAUUGUUUGGGUUCAGAAAAGGUGGGCGCAUUGUUGGUGAGUUCUUUUCUUCCCGUGUCCUAGCGAAUUCCCUCAAAGCUCAUGUCCAACAUCUGGUGGUGUCCAUGCUCCACAGUUUUCCUGGUUGCCCGUCGGUAGAAUCUCUAUCGGCGACAGUAUCAGGGCAUUGUUUUGGGGUGGAUAUGGUGACAUAGGCCAAAGAAAGUCACUGCUCUUUAUUUAGCUUUUAGAGGAGAACUGACAGCGGAGAUGUGAUACGUUGAGAUUCCGAGUUUUCCGGUGCGGUGAAAUGCAGACAAAAAUGAUUCCGGCAUGCUGUUUCACGUUUCGCCCAUGUGUGUGGUUGUGAAUAAAAGUGGUAAUUUAUAAUGUUGACAAA